GCCACCAUGAGUCAAGUGACAAUCAAGGAUAUAGAAGUCCUCAACUGUGACUAUGGCAAGAAUACAAUUAAGUUCCUUCGCCUGCAUAGAGAAGGCAAGAAGCAUUUUGUUAAGGAGGUGGAAGUGUGCACACAUCUCCGUCUGACUUCUGCUCAUGAAUACCUGGAUGGAAACAACUCCUUUGUGAUACCUACAGACACCAUAAAGAAUAUUGUCCUUGUGUUGGCCAAAAAAAAUGGGAUCCCAACUUUAGAACAAUUUGCUAUAGAUAUCUGCAAACACUUCAUGACAACGUUUUGCCAAGUGGCAUACGUCAAAACUUACGUUCAAGAAGUACCAUGGCGACGUCAAUAUCAGAAUGGUGUUCCCCACGUCCACUCAUUCAUAUACGUUCCUGAUGGGAUCCGUUUCUGUGAAGCUGAGCAGUGCAGAAAUGGUCCUCUGGUUGUUUAUGCUGGAAUUAAAGAUCUGAAACUUAUGAAGACGACACAGUCUGGAUUUGAAGGCUUCUAUAAGAAUGAACACACCACACUUCCUGAAAGGAAUGACAGGAUUUUAUGUGGAGAGUUAUUUUGCAAAUGGUUAUACGGCGAAUGCAAGGAUUUUGACUUUGACUGCAUAUGGAACAAAGUCCGUGAAUGUAUCCUUGAAGCCUUCUCUGGGCCACCCGACUGUGGCGAAUAUUCACCCUCUUACCAGAAAACUGUCAACUCUAUCCAGAUGCUCAUCCUUUCCAAAGUGCCAGAGGUACAGGUCAUAGAAGUCGUCUUGAACAACAAUUUUUAUAAUGUUGUAGACAUGACAAAUCUAGGCUUGACCAAUGACAAAGAAGUUCUGGUUCCAGUGGAAGCUCCCUAUGGCUCCUGUGCUUGCACACUUGGCAGGAAGAAGUUCCUAGAAGCGCAAGGCCAUGUGAUAAAAGAUGAGAGGCAAAGUCACUUUGGACUGGCAGCUGCCCAAGGAAACUAAAUCGCCUGGCUACACUCACACCUUCCUGAUAAACUUAGCAGUAUGGCUUUCCUAUCAACAUGUACUCCUUA